AUGCCGCGCGUCAGCGUCGGCCUCCGACUUCGAUUCGUGAAGCUGCCGCACAUUGACGGCGAGCGCGUGUUUCGCGACGUCAUCAGCUUCGUGGAGCCGGAAGAUAGAAGCUAUGACGAUCUUCGCGCGUUGGUGGAGGCGAAGAUCAGCUUCAUGGAGCUCCGCCACUCUGAUUUCACCGCCUUCCACAUCGAGGGGCACACCGGUGACCGUAUUGUUGUAGACACUGCCUACUUUAGCGCGCUGCUGCGGCAAUGGGCGCGGAGAGUGGCGAAGGAGCGUCCGCCGCCUAAGCGGCCCACCGCACCGGAGGUGGCAGGGCUGGCGGUUCUCGGUGAGUCACCUUCGCCGUUUGUUAACCCCAAAUCUGAAGGCCACUUCAGAAGCGGCGGUAUGCCCACCGUGUCCACGAGCGACAAGAGUAGCGAUGAUGACGUGGAGGACGAUGAGCGUCCACCGGACAUGCUGGAAUGCUUUGAAAUCGAGCUGCACAGUAGAAAGCCUGUCGCUGUGGCUACAGUCGCCGCCAUCCCAAACCUGGUGUCGUCCAUGUCUGGUGCGCUGCCGUCACCGGUGCAGUUUGCCGCUCUCACGCGCGAGAACCUAGCGCGCCUGUGCGAUGGGGAUGUUGCGAAGUUGGGCGGCUCAGCCUUGCUCCCUGCAUCUGAGGCUGCAUCACCUGACAAGCAGGUUGCUGAGAGAGACCUCCGCAAAGCCGCCCCGAACCCCCACCUGCCUGACCCUAAUGCCGAGUGUCUGGUGCGUGUUCGCGACCUGACGUGUCCGCCAGGGCAGGUCAAGUUCUACCUGCGCUGCAUCAUUCUUGCCGUGCGCUUCAAAACACCUAAGCCGGGACUGACAGUGGCCGAGCUCGACCUGGGCGAUGCCGAGGACGUCACGCAGGCAAUCACGGCAGUCACGUUUGACGAGGUGGUUUGCAAAGCCAUCCGCGGCCACCUGCGCGGGGACCGCCGACAAGUUCUGGAGCUGCGUCAAGUGUACGUGCGGCGAAAGAACGAUGUGGACGUACGUUACCAAACCAACGCGCACCCACUCCUGCUCCGCCUCGAUCGGUCGUCGAAAAUGGAGGUGGUGCGCGUCCUCGCAACGCCAGCGCCGCAGCCCGGUAGCGGUGCCAUCGUCACGGUGCGGGAGCAACUAGGCUCGGCAGGGGUGGUGGACGUAACCCAGCUCAUGGGGCAGCAGCAACGGUUGCAUCACGUCUCCGGUGGUGCUAGUGGCGCUCCGUCGUCAGAGAACGGCGUCUCUCUCAGCGGGGUCGGCAGCGGCGCGUACCCGCCUGUGUGCUCAUCUUCAUCCUCCUCCUCGGGUCCGCGACGAACGACCUUCACCAUAUGCACCUCCAGCGGCAACGCCGGCGCUAGCACGGCGCUCGUAAGUGGUGUCGUGCCGUCGAGCUUCGGACAGGAGUUGCGCAAUCGUCAAGAGAUGCUGCUGCGCCAGCAACGGCCGGUGGAUUCGACACCGAUCGAACCCGGGGUCGCGAUUGUCACUGCACGCGAUGUUCGAGAGCGUGAGCCGCUGGUAGAGCAGCACGCCAACCGCGAGGAACAACGAAAGAUGCGCAUCCGCCGCAAGGUGGAGGUGUCAACACAGUGUCUGCUCUGUGGACUGGAUUGCAGCGACGAGUCGGCGUGCAUGGCGAUUCUCCGGCAGCAGCUCAUGAGAAGCUCGCGCAACCGUGGCGCACAAGUGCCUAGUUUCGAGCAGGUGAAGCGCGACCUCUCUGACCGUCGGCGGGUGCCGGAAUGGAAAGCGCCUACCCGGCUCGUAUGCACGCAUACGUUUGUGAACAGCGCCACUCGCACAGUCCAUGUCGUUCACCCGCGCUGCGCACACUUGUGCUCCGCCUACCAAAGGGGGAACGAUUUGGAAGACAUCGUGGUGUGCGAUCUGAGCAUGAACAUGUGCACGCUUUGUGGGAUGCCCGGGGCCUGCGUGGCUUGCUAUCACCCCCGAUGCACGGAGAUGUUCCACGUCGUGUGUGCCCUCUAUAGCGGCGGCUACGUAAACUUUGGCCAGCGAGACCCCUUCUGGCCCUGCCCCGCCUGCCCGCGUCACACACAGGUGGUGGUCGUAUCGAAGCAGAGGCCGGAGGGAAGCAACGUCUUGCACGUUGAUCACAGCUGUUGGGAGGAUGGAGUCGCUUUCGACUCGCGUGUGGUGGAGUCCACAGACCUCCGCGACCCGGACGAGAACGACGGACAGUGA